CGCGCCCGCCAUCUUCUAGCUAAUAAACGGCCGAAAUAAAACAUUGAGCAAACCGCUGUUUAUUUCUCUCGCAAUACUCUGUCGUAAUUGCUAUUCCGAACCAUGAGUGAUAUUGAGGACGGACACUAUAAAGGACGGGGGUCACGCUCCCCAUCUAAAUCGGAUGGAGGGACUCCAGCUCGGGUCAAGUCGGAGAGCAGGUCCGGCUCCCCGAGCCCAGCCCGGGUCUCCAAGCGCUCUGGGUCCAGAUCCCGGUCCAGAUCCAGGUCUCAUUCCAGGCGACACUCCAACCGCCGCUAUAGCCGCUCGCGUUCUCGGUCCUAUUCCCAGCGGAAGAAGUCGCGCUCACGUUCCUACAGUACCGAGUACCGCCGCAAGAAGAGCCAGAGCACCUCUCCCGUUUCGAGCCGGCGCCGAAACACUGGCAGCAGGAGCCAUGACUUCCCAAAAGAAGCAAGCAAUCAUGGCGCCGAUGCUGAUGUGAGGGCCAACCCUGACCCCAGCACAUGUUUGGGAGUGUUUGGCUUGAGCUUGUACACGACGGAGCGGGACCUGAGGGAGGUGUUUUCUCGCUACGGCCAUCUGGCCGGGGUCAAUGUGGUGUACGACCAGCGCACGGGACGCUCCCGCGGCUUUGCUUUUGUUUACUUCGAAAGAAUUGAUGAUUCUAAAGAGGCAAUGGAGCGAGCCAAUGGCAUGGAGCUGGACGGGAGACGCAUCAGAGUGGACUAUUCCAUUACUAAACGUGCUCACACCCCCACGCCAGGAAUCUACAUGGGCCGACCAACUCACAAUGGUGGUGGCGGCGGCGAAAGGAGCGGCGGUGGAGAAAGGAGUGGUGGCGGCGGCGGUGGCAGGAGGGGGAGAGACAAUCAUUACGACCGGGGUUAUGAGCGCUACGACAGAUAUGACGAGUACGACUACAGGUACAGCCGCAGGCGCUCCCCGUCUCCCUACUACAGCCGCUACAGGUCUCGCUCGCGGUCUCGCUCCUACAGCCCACGGCGGUACUAGGUUUCUGCUUUCGACCUUCAGCGUCCCUCCAAUAAUUGAUCUGUGUGUGUGCGCGUGUGUCUCAUCAAGGUGUUUCUAACGGGAACCGCUUGAAUCAGCAUGUCUAUCAACAGAACUCUAAAGUUUGAGAUUUUUCUUGUUUACAUGCAAUAGAUGUCUUCAUUUUUAGACGUUUUGAUGCAUCCGUGUUGAGCGUGAGCAACGAACUCUUGCUUCAUCCUUAGACUCGCACCCUUCCUUCCACCUUCACUUUCUGCAGCAAAGCAACCUCUUUUUCCUGUUGUGUGAUCGCCGCUAACGUGGCCCUUGUCAUGGUGGAGAAAGUAAACUGGGUUUUUGUAAAUAAUGGUGAAGUUAAUUUUACAACUUGUUGGAAGUCAAUGGAACAGUCCACUCUGUUAAGAUCACCGAUUGAUCUUUGCUGGUAAGUAGCAGGUGAUUGAGGCCAUUAGUAGUUCUUUGCGCUCUUUUUUUUUUUUUUUUUUUUUUUUAAGUCAAGGAAGUCAUCAUUUGAAUUUCUGUAGUUUUAUUACAAUGUACUACCUUUUUUAUUGUUUGUUUGUAUGGAAAUACAAAUAUAUGAAAACUCAA